AUGCCUGCCCCGACCGCCAAGCAGGCGGAGAUCGCUGCCCCGCCAUUCGAGGCUCCCCUCCAGGAGCCUCAGCAGGACGAGGAACUUCUCCUCGAUGCGCCGACCGCGCUGCCCGAGGACCUGGAUGCGAUCUUGCCCAGCGUGCCCCAUAACGGAGAGGAGGGCGAGAUGGUUGUCGACGAGGAGAACCGCCCGCGCUUUGCGCCUGCCAGAGAUAUCGACCCCAUUACCAGAAUAGAAACCCGCAAGGUCCCCGUGCCUCCUCACCGGUUCACCCCUCUUAAGUCUGCCUGGCCCAAGAUCUACCCUCCCCUUGUCGAGCAUCUGAAGCUACAGGUGCGCAUGAACCCCCGCCGGAAACAGGUUGAGCUCCGAACCUCCAGGCACACCACCGAGGAUGGUGCCCUGCAAAAGGGUGAGGACUUUGUCAAGGCCUUCACCCUGGGCUUCGACGUCGACGAUGCCAUUGCGCUGCUGCGUCUGGAUGACCUUUACAGUAAGUCCACAGCUCUGGUCACUUUCGAGACCUUCGAGAUCCGUGACGUCAAGCAAGUCAUGGGUAACGAGGCACAGGGUCGUGCCAUUGGUCGCAUAGCAGGAAAGGACGGCAAGACGAAGUUUGCCAUCGAGAACGCCAGCAAGACCCGUAUCGUCCUGGCCGACAGCAAGAUCCACAUCCUCGGCGCGUACAAGAACAUCCACAUGGCCCGCGAGUCCAUUGUGAGCUUGAUUCUCGGAAAGCCGCCUUCCAAGGUCUACGGCAACCUGCGGACGGUUGCGGCGCGCAUGAAGGAGAGAUUCUAA